CCGGUUCUUUCGCUGAAUGAAGCGUCGCCUCCAGACUGAAGGUGGCAGCAGAAGCUCAGACUGAGCUCCAGUAAGAAGCGCUGAAGAAGUCGUGGACCUUGAUCUCCUGAAGGAUGGUCCUGCAGCGGCUCCUGUUGGCGCUGAUUAACCGGGCGCAGCUGGUGGAGCGGCUCGCCGAGUCUAAAGCGAUCCGCCGUGCGGCGCAGCUCACCGCCUUCGCCGUCAUUAAGGGGCGGCUGGCGGGGAAGCAGGCCUCCGCCAGGCUGCGGGACUCAGACACCGCGCGGAUGAUGCGGGAGGAGGCGCGCAGGAUGCCGCAGAGCGCGGCGGACGCGGCCCAGACCGUCUCCAGAAUCAGAAACACCUUCAUGAAGGAGGUGAAGGAGGGCAUGAGGGAGGCCAACCGACAAAUCAAGGACAGGAAGUGACCCUGAGGAGACCUGGGACUGGAGAACCUGAUUGAGAACCUGCUGGAGAACUGGGAAAACUCAAGAUGUUCAAUGAUGUGGUUGACCAUUCUACCCAGUAAGAUACUGGCCAUCUAGUUUAGGGGAUGUUUUGGGUUGAGUUUAAUGAUGGGUCACCAUUAGCUAGCUGGUCUACCACCAUGACCACCCUCACCUGCUUUCAGAUGUUCCAAUUUGGUCUUUGAUGGUCAAAGUGAUUGAUUUGCUGGUCAUUCAGACGAACAUGUACCAUAAACUGGGUAGAUAGCUAGUUACUUAUUUAUAUAUUAGUCAUAUAUUUAUUUAUUCUUGGUCAGUAUAGUGUAUGUUGCAUUUAGGGUUGGUCAUCCUUGCUCAUUCUGGUCAACCAUCUUGGUCAUGAAGACAAAAUCCUACACUAUACUGGGUAUAGUAUAGUAUAGUGGUCAUGCUAUUGAACCAAGUUGAUUAGCUUGGUAGUGUUGGUCAUGAAGAUGAGAACAUACCCUAUAUACUGGUUAAAUAUGUGGUUAACCAACUUUUCACCAAAAUAGCAGUCAUGCUAGUCAACUGGCUUGAUCCUGUUACUCUUGCUGGUCAAUUAGAUAAAAAAACUACACUAUACUGUUUAAAGGGAUAACCAGCUUUUGGCCAGUAUUGUGGAAACAUACCCUAUACUGGUUAGGGUACAUUGCAUUUGCAUUUAAUGUUGGCUAUGCUGGGCAACCAGCUUGGUCAUAUUGAUCAAUCACAUUGGUCUUGCUGGUCAAUGGUUUUGGUCACAUUGGUCCGGAUGGUCAACCAGCUUGGUUAUAAAUUAGAACAUACCCUAUACUGGUUAGAUAUGUGGCUAACUAGCCCUGACCAGUUUAGGCUUGAUCAUGUUGGUCUUGCUAGUCAACCAGCUUGGGUCAUAAAGACAAAAACCUACACUAUACUGGUUCGUUAACUAGUUAUUGGCUGCUAUAGUGUAUUUUGCAUUUGAUGUUGGCCAUGCUGGUCAACCAGCUUGGUGGUAUUGAUCAACCAUAUUGGUCUUGCUGGUCAACCAGCUUGGUCAUAAAAACAAAAACCUACACUAUACUGUUUAAAUGGAUAACCAGCUUGGUUGUCAAUAAGCUUGGUCAUGUUGGUCAUGAAAAUGAAAACAUACCCUAUACUGGUUAGAUUUGUGGUUAAUCAGCUCUUGGCUAGUAUAGCGGUUAUGCUAGUCAACCAGCUUAGUCAUGUGGUCAACAGGUUUGGGACAGAAAAAGGUUAGAUAACAGAUUAACUAGUUUUUGGCCGCUAUAUUGUAUGUUUCAUUUGAUGUUGGCCAUGUUGGUGAACCAGCUUGGGCAUAUUGAUCAACUAUGUCGGUCUUGCUGGUCUGGAUUAGAUAAGUGGUUUACCAGCAUUUAGCCAGUAUAGUGGUUAUUCUAGUGAAUCGGCUAUUUUAAUAGCUUGGUUAGGUUCACCAGCCAAACCCUCAAACUCAAACAAAAGCAUGGCCUAUGAUGGUUGAUCAUGGUACAGAACCAUCGCCUUUACAAUAGUACUCAACCAGUAUGACCAGCAUGAGAAGCAGCUUGGUCAGGUUUGUCAUACUGAUAGACCAGUAAUUCCAACUCAAUUCAAAAACACACCAUGCUGGUGAAGAACAACGAUGGUUAACCCCAUUAGUCCACUACUUUGACCAUGUUAACCAUACUGACCAGACUGAUUAGACCAGUAAAUCCAUCAUACUCAAACAAAAAAACACAACUUACACAAAUAUCCAGCUUCUCAACCAACUUAGUAUACAGCUAGCUUACUGGUUUAUUGCAUAUUUUCACCUGGAUGAUGAUUUUCAACACCUUGACCAUCUUGUUUCCAGCUACCAACACAAAUUGGACUUUAAAUGGAUCAGAUUUUUCAGCAGGGGAUUGACACGAGUUGGACAGAUGGAGCACAAACCUGGACUUGGACAAUCUGUGUAGGCAUCUCAAGGCCUUAGGUUCUAACAAAUGACUUUAAACUCAUAGUUCUGGACUGUUCUGCUGAUGUUCUGGUGGUCCCCAAAGUCUGGAUUGUAUAGAAUGAAUGAGUUUCACAAUUGACUGGUUUCCAUUGAUUGAUUUAUUCAUUGUAAUUGAUUAAUUUUAAUUUUAAAGCCUUACCUGAACUAAAGUUGUCCUGUUGCAGCCAAAAAACAAGAGCUUCUCCAGAACCAGGGCUGAGAACCUCUGGACUGUAAGACCCUAGACCACCUACAAAUGGACAAAUGGGUGGUCCCUCCAUCCAGUCUUCUAUGACUCAAAUAUAGUAUAGAGCCAAUUUCCCAAUACACAAGAAGCUGCAGCCAACAAAACAUUGCAUUCUUUCUUUGCCUUUGGGAAGUUCAGCCCUGUUAUCACCAGUUAUCACAUGUUGGAUGUUAUGUACUACUGUAAUUUAUUAUCUGUAUGUUGUAAAUUAUCAACAAAGAAAUAUAUCAGGGUAUUUGUUUUAUGUCCCAAUAUAUUGGCCACUAGGGUCACGGUUGGUGUCACAUUUUAACUUGUGAAAUAAACCUCACCUGUGGAUCAAA